AUGACGUUGCCACCCGCCAGCAUUGAGAGACUCACAAGUCGAAUCAACAAAGCUUGCGAGCACCCCAAUAAAGACCUCCCGGGUGUUACGGUUGCGGUCAUUGGUAAAGAUGGCAACCUGCUAUUUUCACACGCAGCUGGACUGCGCGGCUAUGGCAGCUCGGAGCCUUUGAGCACCGACUCCGUGUUUUGGAUCGCAUCCUGCACAAAAAUGAUUGUUGGAAUUGCUUGCAUGCAGCUUGUUGAGCAGGGUCUAAUUUCCCUAGAUGAUUCUGAGGCUGUUGAGCGCUAUUGUCCAGAGUUGAAGGAGGUAGGUGUUAUUCAGGCCGAUGGGAAGUUGGUGCCGAAAAAGCGAGGCCUUACUCUGAGAAUGCUCUUAACUCAUACCGCUGGGUUCGGAUAUUCAUUCAUCAGUCAUAAAAUUCGGGAUUAUAGCCGACCGAUCGGCUUUGAUGAAUUCUCUGGAAAUUUCGUGGACUUUAAACAGCCAUUAGUCCACCAACCCGGCGAAGCUUGGCAGUACGGAAUCAACAUCGACUGGGCCGGGAAGGUGCUCGAGAGGGUGACUGGUAAAACACUGAACGAAUACAUUGAUGAAAAUGUGUUCAAGCCGCUUGGGCUUGAUCAAAUCUCGAUGACUCCUUCAGACCAAAUGAAGGCAAAAUUAGCCUACAUGCAUCAGAGGGAUGCUAAUGGGAACAUUUUUGCUCGGGAUCAUUUGCUCCGAUACCCACUAACGGCUGAGGCUGCGAGCAAGAACUCACUUUUCGCUAGUGGUGGAGCUGGAUGCUAUUCAACAGCGCCUGAAUACUGUCGGAUCUUGGCCGUCCUCCUGAACGAUGGCACCUGCCUUAGGACCGGAAAACAAUUACUGAAGAAGGAAACUGUGCUUGAGAUGUUUAUUGAUCAACUUGCCCACCUUCCGCCACUUGCUCAACACGAGAUGACUUCUUCAAAGAGUGAUCUCAUCACUCCUUCAAUGGGCUUGCACCCAACUGUUCCAGGAGAUCGCCAGGGUUGGGGACUUACUUUUCUGCUAAGCGGCGGUACUACUGGUCGUUCUAUCGGAACGGCACAAUGGUCAGGUCUGCCGAAUCUACGUUGGUGGUGUGAUCGAGAAAAGGGUGUGGCAGGGAUCAUAUGUACUCAGAUCCUGCCGUUUGGUGAUGAUCAGCUGUUCCAAUUAUCACAGGAUGUGGAGAGAGAAGUUUACAAUGGGCUAUCCUAG